CUUGGAUUUAAACCGAACAUCAAUCUUUCAUAGUCCUUUUGGGUUUCUUGAUCUCCAUUCAAUGCUGCUGGAUGAAUAUCAAGAGAGACUCUUUGUGGGAGGCAAGGAUCUUGUGUACUCUCUCAGUUUGGAACAAAUCAGCAAUGGCUAUCGAGAGAUACACUGGCCUAGCACAGCGCUAAAAAUAGAAGAAUGCAUAAUGAAAGGGAAAGACGCAAGCGAAUGUGCAAAUUAUGUUCGGGUUUUGCAUCACUAUAAUAGGACACACCUUCUGACCUGUGGUACCGGAGCUUUUGACCCACUUUGUGCCUUCAUCAGGGUUGGAUACCAUUUGGAGGACCCCCUGUUUCGUCUGGAGCCGCACAGGUCUGAGAGAGGGAGGGGCCGAUGCCCUUUUGAUCCCAGUUCAUCCUUCAUCUCUACCUUAAUUGGUAGUGAGCUGUUUGCUGGGCUCUUCAGUGACUACUGGGGCAGAGACGCGGCCAUCUUCCGGAGCCUGGGGCGGCUGGCCCAUAUUCGCACAGAGCACGAUGACGAGCGCCUGUUGAAAGAACCAAAGUUUGUAGGUUCAUAUAUGAUUCCUGACAAUGAAGACCGAGAUGACAACAAAGUGUAUUUCUUUUUUACCGAGAAGGCCCUGGAGGCGGAAAGCAGUGCCCAUGCAAUUUACACCAGAGUGGGGCGACUCUGUGUGAAUGAUGUAGGAGGACAGAGAAUCCUGGUGAAUAAGUGGAGUACUUUCCUCAAAGCGCGACUCGUGUGCUCAGUACCAGGAGUGAAUGGAAUUGACACAUAUUUUGAUGAAUUAGAGGAUAUUUUCUUGCUGCACACCCGAGAUCAUAAGAACCCAGUGAUAUUUGGACUCUUUAACACUACCAGUAAUAUAUUUAGGGGGCAUGCAAUAUGUGUCUAUCAUAUGUCUAGCAUCCGGGCAGCCUUUAAUGGGCCAUAUGCACAUAAGGAAGGACCUGAAUACCACUGGUCACUCUAUGAUGGAAAAGUCCCUUAUCCAAGACCUGGCUCUUGUGCCAGCAAAGUUAAUGGCGGGAGGUACGGAACCACCAAAGACUAUCCUGAUGAAGCCAUCCGAUUUGCGAGAAGCCAUCCACUUAUGUACCAGCCCAUAAAGCCUGCCCAUAAAAAACCAAUCCUGGUAAAAACAGACGGAAGAUAUAACCUGAAACAAAUAGCAGUGGAUCGAGUGGAAGCUGAGGAUGGCCAAUACGAUGUCUUGUUCAUUGGGACAGAUAAUGGAAUUGUACUGAAAGUAAUCACGAUUUAUAACCAAGAAACAGAAUCAAUGGAAGAAGUAAUUCUAGAAGAACUUCAGAUAUUCAAGGAUCCAGUUCCUAUUAUUUCUAUGGAGAUUUCUUCAAAGAGACAACAGCUGUAUGUCGGAUCUGCUUCUGCCGUGGCCCAAGUCAGAUUCCAUGAGUGUGACCUGUACGGGAGUGCGUGCGCUGACUGCUGCCUGGCUCGAGACCCUUACUGUGCCUGGGAUGGCGCCUCCUGUUCCCGGUAUUACCCCACAGGCGCCCACGCGAAAAGGCGGUUCCGCAGACAAGAUGUCCGGCAUGGCAAUGCGGCUCAGCAGUGCUUUGGACAGCAAUUUGUCGGAGAUGCUUUGGAUAAGACUGAAGAGCGACUGGCCUAUGGCAUAGAGAACAACAGUACUUUGUUGGAAUGUACCCCACGAUCUUUGCAAGCAAAAGUUAUCUGGUUUGUGCAGAAAGGACGUGACACAAGAAAAGAGGAGGUGAAGACAGAUGACAGAGUGGUCAAGAUGGACCUCGGUUUACUCUUCCUUAGGGUACGAAAAAUGGAUGCUGGGACCUAUUUUUGCCAGACAGUAGAGCAUGGUUUUGUCCAUACUGUGCGCAAAAUUACCCUGGAGGUAGUGGAAGAGGAGAGAGUAGAGGAGAUGUUUCACAAAGACUUUGAAGAGGACGGGCCUCCCAAGACGCCAUGUCCUGCCCAGAGUAUCAUCCCACAGGGGGCAAAACCAUGGUACAAGGAAUUCUUGCAGCUGAUUGGUUAUAGCAACUUCCAGAGAGUGGAAGAAUACUGUGAAAAGGUCUGGUGCACAGAUAAGAAGAGGAGAAAGCUUAAAAUGUCACCCUCCAAGUGGAAAUAUGCUAACCCACAGGAGAAGAAGUCCCGUCCGAAAGCUGAGCACUACCGCCUGCCCAGGCACGCGCUGGCCUCCUGACGGGGUGGACCGUCUCCCGGCUUCUGAGGAAUUCGUGUUUGGAACCGGAAACAAGCAAACAAAAUGAGAAACCAUCCAGCUUCUUUGUAUUGCUUAAGCGAUUUCUGUAAUACAGAAAUGACUGUGAAGGUAUUAUGAUAAAUUAUUCUACAUGCUCAUUUGACUGGUUAACAAUCAAGUAAAAUUAACUAAUUUUUCUAAACAAGUGUAUUAUUCAAUGGCUUCACACUGUAUUUAUCAAAAAGUGACCUUGGCUGUAGUUUUGAGUACUUGGCUGCUUUUCCAUGGCAAGUAUUAUUUUCUCUUGGAAGACUUGUGGUUCUUGGAAUAUUGAAGAAAUAGAGGUGUUAAUAAUCAUGGGGAAAUUAAAUAUAUAUUUUAAUCAUUCUGAAUUCUACCUUUCCACCACGAUGUAUAAGGUAAAGAAUAUCACAUACUUUAACAUUCUCAUAUGAGCUGUCUGUACUUUUUUAAGAAUGAUUGUAUUCGUGAAAAAAAUCCAUUGUAUUAGUAUUGAAGGCCAUGAGUUUUAUGAAGCCAGGUGUGUUGAAAUUAUUGUAAACCAUGAAAGAACAAUGUGGUCACCUUGAGGCUUGGGUCCUUCAUAAAAUAUUCAUUAAGCCACAUUUUCUAUACUUACAUUUCAUGAUGAAAACACAUCCUUUGAAUUUCACUCUAGUGCAGAAAGAAUGAACUUAAGAUAUCUCAGAAAGAUAGCAAAAUACGCCAAAAACAGAUGAAGUUACAGUUAGAAAUCUAACUGAAAGAGUUUUUGCUACCCUCUUGUGGUAGAAAAAGUAUAUUCACUUUUUCUCUUUUUGCAGAUUCUCUAGUAAAUAUGAAAACAGUUUCUGUUAAUAUAUCUUGUCCAUUUUCAGGAAAACAACUUAAAUAAAAAUGUGUCAAUGUUUAUGUCAUGGUUUAAGAUGGAAAUAAUGUGUUUAUAAAUAAUUUAUUACCUCACAGGCCAAAAAUGAAGAUUUCAUAGCCCUAGUUUUAUGCCUUCUGAAUAAUCUUCCCUGAAAUAUAAAAGAUAGUCCAGAAAUGUGUUUAUUAUUUUAAAAAUAUUAAAGCAGUUUGUGCUCAGAUAGCAAGUUUUCCUCCCUAUUUUACAUUAACAAAUAACAAAAUUGUUUCACAAGGUCACUCAACCACCAAGAUACCCAGAGCACCUUUACUUUUAUAAACAAUAUCCAAAGUUUUUGAGCAUGCUUAUAUCUUAAAGUCUUUCCCUCUCCUUUUAAUGUAGCAAUUACUUUU